AUGGGCUUCCAGAGCAAGCGCUUCCGCAGCGCGGCUGAGAUGAACUCCAUCGGCAUGCGGUAUCGUCGCGUCAUGAACAGGCAUCCCUUCCUCAUGUUCGGGCUGCCCUUCAUGGCCGUCAUUGUCGCAGGCUCCUUCGUUCUAACGCCCGCCACCGCCGUCCGAUACGAGCGCUAUGAUCGCAAGGUCCGCCAGAUGACCAAGGAAGAGGAGCUCAACGUCCGCCGAUCCGCGAGGAAGGUGGACAUGAAGGAGGAGUACUACAGACUGGCUGGUAAAGAUCUAGAGGACUGGGAACAGAAGCGCGUGGAACGUCUCCCUGGCGAGAAUGAUGGCACUUUGUGA